AUGGGGUGCGACGAGGCCAGUGGCCGCGUCUUCGACGGGCCAUGGCGAUGCUCGGAGACGGUGGCGGCUUCGGGCGCUUCUCCCCGGCGCUGGAAAAGGGAGAGGAAGCAAGGGGGAUAUGGGAGGCGAGAGGGGGCCUGGGCGACGAGGGGUCGAGGGGGGCUGUGGCCUUAUCCUCUUGGCGAGGCCGAUGAGGUGGUCGAGGUCGACCUCACCCGUGUAGCGAUCGCGCCACGGGAACAGAGGGAGAAGGAGACCAGUGGGGGGCUGGUUGACUGGGCCAGCCAGUUGGACAGGAGAAGGCAGCGGAAGAUAAAGGACUGGAACAAGCAUCAUUAUGCGUAUGUUACCCGCUUCCAGCUUUGUGUGGAGCAAGCUCGUAGCACUGCACGCGCCCCGCUUCGAGAGCACAACUCACUUGCUUUUGAUAACUACAAGAAGAAACAAAAGCAUGGGCAGGGGGAGGAGGAGGAGCAGCCCGCGGCGAGCUUCCCGGAGGACAUUCUCAUCGACAUCCUGUCACGGGUACCCUACAGGUCGCUGUGCCGCUUCAAGUGCGUGUCCAAAGAGUGGCUCGCCCUCUGCUCCGAUUCCGACAUCCGCAAGAGGUCGCCGCAGACCUUGUCCGGCUUCUUCUACUUCGAUCACGGUUGGAAGACAUUGCGCCCUGGUUGGCGUUUCCAGAAUUUGUCUGGGAAAGGUGCUCCUAUGGUCGACCUCGACGAUCUCCCUUUCUUGGGCAGCACAUAUAAACAUUUCUCUGUCACACAAUGCAGCACCAGCCUUCUCCUCUGCCGAUGCUGGAAAUCACGCCCUCCUAAGGACUGCGGUUGGAGUUAUCGCCUAGAUCUAGAUCCAUGGAUGUUUAUCCGAUGGCCCGAGGUUGCGGAAUUCGAUUAUGUUGUCUGCAAUCCUGCUACUCGGGAGUGGACUGUGUUGCCUCCUAUAGAACUGCCCGGCCACCUUUCAUGUUCCCACCCAGGCAAGUACAUUUUGGGUUUUGACCCGGCCACCCUGUCCCGCUUCGUUGUGUUUGCGCACCUGAACACUAAUUACGGCAUGUCCAUGGAAAUGAUCUACUCAUCGGACACUGGAGGAUGGACUUCCAUGCAGAGUCAGCGUGAUGAUGUUGGUGUAGAUUCGGUUAGUAAUUUUGGAAGCAGGCAAAGCACCUUGUUGAAUGGCACUCUGCAUUUCCCUGCUUAUGAGUCGAUAGUCACACUGGACAUGAAAAGGAAUGCUUGGAGGAAAAUUAAAAUGCCACCUGGCAUGAUAAACAACUAUGUCCGUGCUUUCAUUGGGCCGUCUAAGGGACACUUGUAUGCUUGGCAUAUAAAGAAUCGAUAUGAUGGUCAGCUCUCUAUUUGGGUUCUUGAGAAUUAUGAUAGUGGUCAGUGGACCCUGAAGUGGGUAGUUAAUUGUUUUGAACUGUUUGGAAGGGAUCGCCUCGAAAACGGUAAGUCCUACUCAAUGUUUGCAAUUCAUCCAGAAUGUAAUUUGAUUUUCCUGACUGAUGGUACGGAGAAGGUACUAUCAUACAACAUGGAUAAUCAGAAAGUGCAUGUUAUAUGCACUUCUGUAGAAUUUUCGGAAGGUCUACCCUACACUCCCUGUUUUGCGGAAUGGACAACAGAUGGUUAG